AUGGGGCUGGAACAGGGCUGGUGCUGGUGGGAGCUGGGAACAGCUGGUGGGGUGGGGCAGGUGGGUGGAACAGGUGCGUGCUGGUGGGAACAGGGCCAGGGGAACAGCCUCUGGGAACAGGGCCUGGAGCUGGGGCUGGUAGCUCAGCUGAACAGGUGGGGCUGGGUGGGGCUUGGAGCUGGAGCCAGGGCUGGCUGUGGGCUGCUGGGGGCUGGAGUAGCUGGACAGGAACAGGGUGGGGCUGGUGGGGAGCUGGGCUCAGGUGAACUGGAGCUGGGGAGCUGGAACAGGGCUGGUGGAACAGUGGGAAGCUGGAACAG